AUGCCAGACGGCGCGGAUUCCGGGCAGGUUCAUGUCACCAUCACUGGCGAGUCCAGUGUGGUGGUGUCCUGGGCCAGCCCGAGUCGCCAAGUGGUGAAUUUGACCAUCGAGGCAUAUAACGCCAGCACUGAUACUGUCAUCGGUAGCCGCCGUGACAUCGUCCCAACUACCACUCAGUACACACUGGCUUGCGGAAAACUUUGGGCUACUAUCCCUUGCCGGGUGCCUGGGAACUAUUCCAGCCCGUUGCUGCUCCAUGCGCACGUGGAGGUGCAGGGCUCCGUCAACUACCGGUACCGCAUUGGCGUGGUACCGCACCGGUGGCGUUAUUUCCGCACACCGCCUGCGCCAGGGGAGCGUGGCUUGCGAGUUGCGAUCGUCGGGGACUUGGGACAGACAGGCUUUAGCGCAAGCACAUGUGCAAGCAUCGCCUCAGCUCACGCGUCGGACCGCAUUGACGCGGGCAUCUUGCUAGGCGAUUUGGCGUACUCAGACACGAAUGCCUCGCGUUGGGACUCUUUUGGGAUUCAGUUCGACGCAUCGGGCUGCUCUGAUGUGCCGUGGCUCGUUCUGCCUGGCAACCACGAGAUCGACCCAGACGACCUGUCUGGAGAGCCGUUCCUGGCGUACCGGCACAGGUGGCGCACCCCAGAGGCCAGACCGGCCGAUGUCGGGCACAAGUUCGAAGUCAUCGAUUGGGACACAUACAGCUUUAGCGGUCUGCGAUUCGAUUUCGGAGGCUCCUUCUAUUCCGUGCGGCUGGGCCCCGUUCAUUUUGUCGCCUUGAAUCCGUACACGGCCGCAGAGAAAGGAUCUGCCCAGGCGCGCUGGCUGACGGAGACGCUGUUGGAGGUCGACAGAAACGUGACGCCCUACCUGGUCGUGCUGGUGCACGCCCCGUGGCUCCAUUCCGCCAGCGCGCACCGCUGUGACGAUGAAUUGGUAUGCGCAGAGCUGCGCGCUUCGGCCGAGGAAGUCCUCAUGAGCGCGGGCAUGAACAUGGUCUUCUCUGGCCACGUGCACGCGUACGAGCGGUCUCACCCUGUGGACGGCGUGCAACACUUCGUGGUGGGCCACGGCGGAAACUACGAGGAGCUGUACGACGCGUGGGUCCCCUCGAAGCUCUCCGCCUUCCGCGCGGGGGACCACUACGGCUGGGGGCUCCUCACCCUCGACGGCGACGUGCACUCCUGGGAGGCCCGCAGGUCCAGCGACGGCGCCGUGCCGGCGGCCUGUGGCGCGCCCCCGCCCCGCGCCGGGGGCGGCCCCGAGCCGGAGAGCCUCGCCGUGCAGGUGUCGCUGCGGGCGGCGCGCGGCGGCGGCUGCGUGCUGGCGCAGGGCCGCGGCAAGGCGGCCGCGGGCCCGAACCCGCACUUCAUGAGCCCCGUGCCGCUGGAGUGGGACGACGAGGGCGACAUGGCGCUGCAGUGCACCGUGAUGGGCCAGCGGGCGCUGGGGCUGCAGGAGGAGGCGGUGGCCGAGCUGGCAGAGAUGGUGCCACAGGCCCAGGCGCGCCCUGGCCUGGAGGUGCGCCGCCGGCCCCUGCGGCCGCUGGGCGCCUUCCCUGCGGGGUGCCAGCUGUCCCUGGCCUUCUCGGAGGACCCCGUCAUCAGGCUCAGCGUGCGGCCCACCACCGCCACGGGGCUCUCCCAGAGUCCAGACGCGUGGACCUUCGACCCCUUCGUGCGCGUGCAGGUCGUCGCGCGCGACCCCAGGGACCGCGCCGGGGGCGUGGCCGUGGUGGCGGAAGGCCGCACGGAGACGAUCCCGAGCUGCACGGGCGACCCGCAUUGGAAAGAGUCGGUCGCGGCCGCACCGCUCGGGUGAAGUCGUUGGUGCUCUGUUCGUGCCUGUGGUUUUCGAAAGUGACGAGGAGGAGCCUCCCGCGCAGGCUCCGGCGCAGAGUACACAGUACAGAU